UACAUGCUGCCUAAUGGGGUACUUCUAUCAGACAGCACACGUUUGUCUUACCAAGUAUUCUUGGAGUAAUGGGAUGGGGUGUACAGCUGAAACAAGAUUGUCCAUGAGUUGAUGAUUGUUGAAGCUCAGUGAUGGGUGUGUGGCAUUGCAUCAUGCUAGUCUCUGCUUCUGUAUGUGUCUGAAGUUUUCAGAAUAAAACUUCUUUAAAAAAGAUAGAUUAGUUGACUAGAGAGUUUAGGUCAGCCUGAUCCAUCCAUUGCAGUUCUGUUAGUCUUUCACUAAGUGGUUCUCAAAUCUGACUCCAUGUUAGGAUCACAGGAGAAGGCUUUUAAAAAAAUACUAAAACAUGUUUCACUUGCAGAAUUUCCUAUCUAAAUGUUCUGAGAUGGAGCCCAAGCGUUGAUACGGGUUUUGUUUUGUUUGGGACUACAAGUGUAUGCCACCAUGCCCGGCUAAUUUUUAAAUUUUUUAUAGAGACAGGACCUUGCUAUGUUUCGCAGGCUGAUCUUGAACUCCUGGCCUCAAGCCAUCCUGCUGCCUCAGCCUCCCAAAGUGCUGAGUUUACAAGCAUGAGCCACCAAACCUGACCUUCACUGAUACCUUUCAAAAGCUCUCCCUGUGAUACUAAUAUGCCCCCAGGGUUAUAUACUACUUGUCUAGAUACAUUGUUUCUUAGGGAUGACAAAGUGAUUAUAUUCUAUUUUUCCUUCUGCAGUUAAUUAGCCUUUACAAAUGUUAACUUUCUGCAUUCUGUUUAUUCUUACUAAUCUUGGAAAUCAAUAAGGAAGCUUCUGCAAAUAAAGCUCCUUUAUUAUCAGAGGAAGACUUGAUCUUGGAGGUGAAAAUGUAGAGUAACACAUGGAAGGGAUACUAGCAAUAACCUCAAGGGUAUAGGGUGGAAGAUGUCUAUGGAUGUGACGUUUCUGGGGACGGGUGCAGCAUACCCAUCUCCAACCCGGGGUGCCUCUGCUGUGGUCCUUCGGUGUGAGGGCGAGUGCUGGCUCUUUGACUGUGGGGAGGGAACACAGACACAGCUUAUGAAAAGCCAACUUAAAGCAGGAAGAAUUACCAAGAUCUUCAUCACACAUCUUCAUGGAGACCAUUUCUUUGGCCUUCCUGGACUCCUCUGCACAAUCAGCCUGCAGAGUGGCUCCAUCGUGUCCAAACAGCCUAUUGAAAUCUAUGGCCCUCUAGGGCUUCGGGACUUUAUCUGGCGAACCAUGGAACUCUCUCACACGGAGCUGGUCUUCCAUUAUGUGGUUCAUGAACUGGUUCCCACAGUGGAUCAAUGUCCUGCAGAAGAACUAAAAGAAUUUACACAUGUGAAUAGAACAGGCAGUCCUCCCAAAGAGGAACAAGGAAGAACUAUCCUACUAGACUCAGAAGAAAACUCAUACCUUCUGUUUGAUGAUGAACAGUUUGUUGUAAAAGCAUUUCGCCUCUUUCACAGAAUUCCCUCAUUUGGGUUUUCAGUUUUGGAAAAGAAACGCCCCGGUAAACUCAAUGCACAGAAACUAAAAGACCUCGGUGUUCCACCAGGUCCUGCCUAUGGGAAGCUGAAAAAUGGAAUUUCUGUUGUUCUGGAAAAUGGGGUUACAAUUUCUCCCCAAGAUGUCUUAAAAAAGCCUAUUGUUGGAAGAAAAAUCUGCAUAUUGGGGGACUGCUCUGGGGUUGUGGGUGAUGAAGGAGUAAAGCUGUGCUUUGAAGCAGACCUGUUGAUCCAUGAAGCAACCCUGGAUGAUGCCCAGAUGGACAAAGCUAAGGAGCAUGGCCACAGCACACCACAGAUGGCAGCAACAUUUGCAAAGUUGUGCCGUGCAAAGAGGCUGGUUCUGACUCACUUCAGUCAGAGGUACAAACCAGUUGCCUUGGCCAGAGAAGGAGAAACAGAUGGCAUUGCAGAACUAAAAAAGCAAGCUGAAUCAGUGUUAGAUCUCCAAGAAGUGACUCUAGCAGAAGAUUUUAUGGUGAUAAGCAUUCCAAUCAAGAAAUGAAACCAGUGUUCCUGAGUGCAUACUGACAUGUCUGUGAUGUGUUACUGAACCUAUAUUCCAGUUUUUUAUUUCUUGUUUUAGUCUGAAAUCAUUUGGGCCCUAAUAAUCCUAAAAAGAAUGGAGUUGCAUUGAUGAAUUGACUCAGUAUAUUUAAAGGAAGUAAGCUUUUUGAUAAUAAAUCUUUUUAAGAGGAAAAAACCCCAACAUCCUUAUUAAAGUCCAAAUUUGACAAAAUGAUAGACUAGUCAGGUAUACUUCUCCUUUUGUGCUACUACCACGGAUAUCAGCCAGUGUUCCAUGCAGUCCUGGGCUUAGCUGCUUCCCAGCUUUAUUGCUGCUAUUGGCAAAGUGCACAGGACUCAGCCCUCAUGGCUAAAAAUGGUAUUUUGGCAGUUUGUGUUGAAUCUGUUUGUGUUAUUAACAGAAUAGGGAGAAAUGUCAUGAGAUGUUGGACAUGCAGGAUUGACGAUAGCAUGAGCAUAGCUUUGCUGUAAUACUGAAUACAGGGUUUGGCUAGGUGUUUAUUUUAACGUUUUAUUGAAUUUCUGGUUGGCUUUUAACCCAUGGUUUUCAGCUGGGCUGACACUGCUCUAGAAGGAGUUUUGAAAUUAUGGGGAUGUUUUCUUGCUACAGUGACUGACUCCAGGGGUGGGGGGUGGUGAAGAUGAUGGUAUUGAUGAUGGUAUUGGUGGUACUGCUACUACUCGCAUUUAGUCAGUAGGAUUCAGGGAUGUCCUACAAAAAUUUUGAUCAGUCAUGUACAAUAAAGAAUCAUCUCACCCCGAAAUGCAUAUUGCAGGCCCAUUGAGAUACACAGCAAGUUAAAGCUGCCCUGAUGUGAAUAUAGUUUACCAAAAUUAGUGACAUAAUGAGUCGAAUUACUAGGCAAGUCCAAUCCUAAAGAGUGAAUAUGUUAGAAUUGCAAUGUCAUGUCAAGUAACAUUUUAAAGAAAUGAGCCAUCAAGUGAAGCUUAUGAACCUGGAGGAAAAAAUGCUUAUCUAUUAAACUGAGGUUUCAUUUCCA